GUGAGGGGGGCUUCGGCCUGUGAGAGACUGACAGGAAAACUAUCGACAGCAGAGCUCGGGAAACCCUUGAGGGUCCCCCGUCUCUCCUGAGGCUUCCCCGGCGGCGACGGAGCCUCCGCGCAGCUCAGGUUUUUACCUUCGAAGGGAGAGGUGGCUGCGAGGCGCGGCCGCCCCUGUGCUUGGCUGGCGGGGCGGCGGGGAGGGUUUGAAAAUGUCUAAAAAGAAGGUGAAGAAACUAAGUGGAAAAGAAGACUGUUUGGAUGGCCAGGAUGACAAAAACUCUGAAGAAAGAAGAUCUUGUAACCAUACUAUGAAAGGAGAGGCAGAAUUUCGGAGAUUCAAAUUAGAGAAGGAUGAAGGAGAGAAGAAGCAAGACAAAAGGUUUAAUAUUUCUCAGGGCACUGAGAGAAGGUCCCAAGAAAAAUCUCCAAAUAGAAGCAAAACCACAGACAAUUCUAUAAUCCAAAGGGAAAAACGAAAGAAAAUAGUUAUUCAAUUUAAAGCCAAAGAAAUUAAACAUGGAAAAAGUACAUGCACUGCUGAUAGAGUGACUGCUGGCAGGGAAAGCUGCAACAAAAGUCGUUUUGAUGGAAUAGAAGGCAAAAGACUCUGGCAUAGUUUUGCAGUUCAGAGGAAUAAGGAACUGAAGAAAAAGAAAGUUGAACUCUGCAAACUAAAGUUAAAUGCAGAACAAACUGUGUUGGCAAAAUCUAAGUUAUCUGUCUGUGAUUCACAUAAAAAGCCAGAUGGAUCAAAAAAACAGAGUGAAAAUGUCAGAUUUCCAAAAAAUCCAUUGGACAUCUCUCCAGGGUCUCUGCCUGAUUAUAGGCCUUCCACUGAGAAGCCAAAUUCACUAUCUAGGACUUGGAAAGAAGAGAGUGAAGAAGAAUAUAAGGAAUUUUCCAAGAAAAAACAGCAUGUGAAUAAACAUACCUUAUCACUCUCUUCAGCUGAAACACCACAGCAACUGGACUCUCAUAAAUGGAAAAAAAAGGAUCCUGAUUCUCUUGAAAAUACUGGGAAUUCAGGGACCAAAGAAAGGGACUUGCAAGCCACAGCAUCAUGUUUUGAGCAGAAUGCUGAGGUCCCAUCCCACUCCUACCAAGUUGGUGAUAUCAUAGAGCCUGCCCAGAAGAGCUUUGAGAUCUUUCCACUCCCUCGAGACAGUCAGACUGCAGAAACGGACCAAGAGAUGCAGAUAGCUGAAGACUUGCAUUUUGCUCGCAUUCAAAAGAAGAUGGCACUGCCUGUUGUACAGACUUGUGGAGAGCUUACAAGUAUGGAAAUAGAUCUUCCAGAACAGGAUUUAAGUGUUUCUGCUGAGUCUUAUACUUCUGGUCUGAACAUAUUAGUGGUGAUUGACACAAAUAUAAUGAUUAGUCACCUUGAGUUUAUCAGAUCCUUGAAAUCUGAGGAUAUACCAGGAGUUGGCAGACUUGCAUUAAUAAUUCCUUGGGUUGUUCUGCAAGAGUUGGACAAUUUGAAGAAGGGGAAAAUGCUGCAGCACGUCCGGGACAAAGCUAUCCCUGCAGUCCAGUUCAUCUACACGUGUCUCAAAAACCAAGAUCCUAAAUUGUGGGGGCAAUCCAUGCAGCUUGCAUCUCAAAAAAUAUAUGGCCUGAGUGAUGAGAACAACGAUGAUCGUGUUUUACAGUGUUGUCUGCAGUACCAGAACCUCUUUCCUCAAGCUGUUGUCAUACUCUGCACGGAUGAUAAAAAUCUAUGCAAUAAAGCCAUUGUGAGUGAGGUCAAGGCAUUCUGCAAAGCUGAUUUGGUUACUGCUCUACAGAAGCUGAAUGUUAACAGGGAUCACAGGUGUGUUGGGCUUCAGCAGUCAAAAUGUGAUACAGAGUUUGAGAAAACAGAAGAAGGUGAUGCUGCUCUUAUUGCAGGAUUCCCAAAUGUACUUCCAGAUCUUGAAAAGACCCUUGGAGAAGUUUUAUCUUGUAUUUUGGAGACUGAAAUGAAAAUUGCAUUUGGAAACCUAUGGAUGGAGAUCCUGUAUCUGAAGCCCCCAUGGACUUUGGCAAACUUGCUGAAGUGUUACAGAAAGCACUGGAUGGCUGUCUUUGGUUAUAUUGUGCCAAGGGGUUUGCUUUCAACCAUUGAUUGUCUCCAUCAGCACCUUUGUACAGGUGGACCAUUUGACUCCUCAACAGUGUGUGUCUUGCUCCAGGAAUCCAAAAAAUUGUUCCAUGCUUUCAGUUCAAGGUCAGACUAUAAUGGGGUGCUUCCCCAGGCUUUCACUGAAGUGAAUAAGCUGUACCAGAAACUCACAGAGGUGAGGUCAGACAGUGAGCAGGAUUUAUCAGAAGACAUCAUGGUUCUUUCAGAAAAUGCUGUCUGUGAAAAAAUGGAAGCAAUGACACCAAGCCUGCAAAACUCUGAAGAAAGUAAAUUACAACCAGCAUUUCACAUGGCUCAGGAAAACAGGUACCAGGAAAUCUGGUCAGUCCUUGAAAGUCUGUGGAAUACAAUGAACCUCUACAGUAUUGAAAUUUUCCAAAAGUUGGACCUCCGUGCAGUAACUAUGAUGGCAAAGUCUUCAUUUGAAGAAGCUUUUUUAGGUCUGCAGAAACUUUUGGCAGCUGUGAAUGAUAUCCAUGGAGGAAUUAGUAGUAUUUUGACACCAACCAGUAGUUUCCAAGAUAUUUGGAGCCUCUAUAACUUCCUCACAAGAAAUGAGAUAAAUAACAGUAUAAAAUUCACUGCUGAGGAGCUCUACGAGUGCAUUUCACAAGAGACAUAUAGGAAGAGGCUGGAAGUGGGCUUCUGCCAGCUGGCCCAGCUGGAGCACACCAUCAAGCAGUGUCACGCCCUGGUUCAUGCAGAAGCCAAGAACAGAGGCUGGCUGUGACCCAGGGGCCAAGGUUUGGAGCUGUGGAAAAUAGUCAAGGAGCCAAAAAUCUUCUUUUUGGUGCUUUAUUCUAUUUGAGCUGAAGAGAAACCCAACCCAAAUACAAAUAUCUAUACAUUAAACCUCAGCGUUUCUCCCGUGAGAGUUGGAAGCUGAUGGAAUGGUGUGUCUGGAGUGAGGGUUUGGUGUUCAGGGGAUGUGCUGGCUGCCCUUUGGAUUCCAGACAUUCCCACUGGGACCUGCUCUGCUACUGGUUGUCCAGGAAAACCCAGGUAAGGCAUUUAUUUGGCUGGUAUUGAGAAGUGACAAGGGAGAAAAGAAGAAGAUACUGUGAGAGCUGGGGAGCUGGAAGGAAAGGUGCUGAAUGCACUCAGAUCCCCACCUGGAAGGACUGAAAUAACCCAGCCCCAGGCAGGUGUGUUUGUCCUGGGCCUCUUUUCAGAGGAAAAGGAUGUUUUUCUUUGUAAAAUAUCUCAGCUUUUGCUUCCCUGCUUCAGCAUCCCUUCCCUGCAGCAGAACCAACACCACUCUCCUGGAAACUCAUCAGUGUUCUCUCUUGCUGUCUCUUGACAAGGCAGGAAUGGUUUUUCCCUCUGCAGGUGACACUGGGACUUGGUUCCUCCUCCUCUUUAGGUGACCUCUCUAUUUGAAUGUGGUUUGUUCUUUUCCAGAACUGCUUGGAGAUCACAAAACUUUCUAAAAGCUCUUGCUGAGUGCUGCUCUGGCCCUUCAAAGCUACCUCUUCUGUGUAUGGAUUUGUACAGAGACAAGAGGGCUGGCAGCAUUCCAGAAGCCUUUAUUUUGAGGUUUAACUUUUGGAUGUAUUUGUAAAAUCUUUAUUGUAAAUGCAAUUUAUUGUUCCAUAAAGGGCAGCUGAUUCUACACA